CGGUAGGUCAGGGCUAAAAUUAGAGGCGGCUCCUUCCUGCAGCCAAAGAGCGGUGCUUUAAGUCAUGUAAACCAGGGGAUACACUAUCACAAGGGGCUCGCAGCACAGACACGCUUUCCAUGGCUGACAUUUACUGUCACACGUUGACUGACAUGAGCCCGUGUGCGUAACGCCGGAGCAGCGCUGGAUCAACACCGGCCACCGCCGCGCAAACCUCGACUCUCUGGCUGUGGUUCGGGUUUUUUGCAUGGAGACGCCAUAUGUAGUGUUCUGAGCGCACAGGGUACACAUCUGCAAACAUGUCCUUCCUAACCAUACCGAACCAAGAGGGGCUUUUCACCACGAUCAGAACCGGCAAGUCAGCCGAGGGGGUACGCGGUGUCUCCUCCAUGUACGACGAGGAUAACAAUCACAACGAUGGGGAUGAGGAGGAAGAUGAAGAUGACGAUGACCCCGAGAAUGUCCGCCUCAUCCCCAGGUGCUCCCCGGUGCCCAGGAAGCGGGGCGCCUCAAUCCACGACGAGACCGCCGAGUACAUGCGCAUCCACUUUGCGCUCUCCGCCGCAGCGAAGAGAGUCUGGUUCGCCGACACCACGGGCGGAGACCUGGUGGACGUGAAGGAAUUCGUGGCCUUUGACUCGGACGACGAGGAGGACAGUGCGCGCUGGGAGGAAGAGGAGGCGAAGUACCGCAAACCACUGCGAGAGCCGACGUAUCGCGUGCAGCCGGAGUUCACGGCCCCUGCUGGCGGUGCGCUGCUGCAGGCGGUGCGCGCCAGCAAGGUGGAAGUGGAGCAGGUGACUCCGCUGGAGGACGAUCCUCUCGCCUUCUGCGGUUUAAUACGAGUCCUGAACGUGUCCUUCCACAAAGCGGUUUACAUCCGAUCCACCAUGGACAACUGGGUGACUUACUUCGACCACCCCGCAGAGUACGUCCAGGGCUCGAACGACGGGGACACGGAUCGAUUCUCCUUCAAGCUGUCGUUUGCGCCUCCGUAUGUCACGCACGGCUCACGCAUCGAGUUCGUGGUCCGCUAUGAAACGGCCGACGGGGAUUUCUGGGCCAACAACUCCUCUAUGAAUUAUGUGCUGACUCUGCUCCUGUCCUAUGAAGACGACCCAGCUCCCAGGGACAUCGACAUGCAAGAUGUCCGAGGCAUCCUGAAGCCUCCCAGGUAUUACAGUAUGAAUGAUGAUGAAUUUGAUUCAGAAGAUGAACAGGAAAAGGAAGAAGAGGAAACAGGGACCUGCAGGAGCGGACUCAUCCGACCCACAGCCGUCUGCCCCGUCAUCAUCCAGCCCGAGAUAGACGUGGAGAUUGCUGUUCACCCACCAGGUCCCUCUGCCCCACCCAACCACGAGCCUCCAUCUGUUGCCGGCACACUGUCCGCUCACACCGAAUCCCCGGGUGAACGCUCCCCUUGCACGUCUCCCCAAACCACACCACAAACUGAUUCAUCCUCUGUACUCUGUGCCGGUGAAUCGGUCCAGCCAAACAAGUCCCAGCCUUUACCCAGACUCCACUGUGAAUUAGUCGACCAAACGUCAGCGCAGCCCGUAGCCAGUAGUCUCUCUCCCCUGCAGCAGGAGUCAAGGCCCAGAUCAGACAGUUCCCAGGCUGAUGGAGAGGAAGUCCCUUCUUCAGAGGCCUCUCGCACGCAACCUCCAUCCACAGAGACGGAUCUGUGGCCAACAGGAGAGGACAGAUCGAUCGAAAGCCCGGCUAGUCGGCCUCGUCUCCAACCGGCUGCUGCACGUGUCUCUGUUCCCGGUGCGGCUCAGGGCCUCGAGCGAGAGGCUGCACUGGGAUUCAGUGAACACGCCCCAGGAUUAGCAGAAGGUUCCACCAGGUCUGCGGCGCGUCGUGAAGACGGUACGCUCACGUCCCCUGUGGCAGAGGGUCAGGCAGCUCUGGGAUCAGAAGGUGAAGCUCCACCAUCACCUGAACUCACAGAGAACGCCCCCGAGACCACAGGUGUAGCUGAGGCAUGUGAACACUCAGCUCCUCCGCCUGCCUGGGCCUGCGGAGAGAAAGGAGAUGCUCCCCAGAUUCUACCUGACACAUCAAUGGAGAAUCUAUCAAACACGUUGUCAGAGGCGUCUGAGCAGCAGUCGGCCCUGGGCAGGAAUCUGAUGCCAUCCAUCGUCUUCCUGAGCGGAGUCGUCUCCCUCUCCAUCGUGAUGCAGGAGCCCAGCGCGCUCUUCUUCAUCGGACUUCUUCUGGUCUUGCACCGUUUGUGAUCACGCCACACGAGUUCACCCUGAUCCGUUUGCUGGUGAAGUGCCUUUUCUCAUGAUUCCAAAAGAAGUAAUCGAGUUAAAACCACGUUGAAGUCGUGAAUCACUGUGUGAGUUCUUAGAGUUAUGUGUAUUUUCAUCAAAAGAAAGAAAAGAAAACACAUGUAGGGUUCAACUCGUGAGUAUUUCCAUGUCAUGGAGAAACUAUGAAAGAUAUAUGUGAUAUUUUCCUGCAGUGUUAAUAGAAUAGUUGUUUUGUUAUUUCCCAAUUCUUACCACAUUGUUAUCACUCUAAUGCCAAAUAACUAUAUAUCAUCACACAUUUUUAAGUGUUGUGUCAUGUGUGUAUGUGGGGUUGUGUAAUCUGAUUUUGUCAGUUCUGAAAUGCACUUGUUGUUUUUUCUUCGUGAGUGUUGUUGUGAGUGUGAAUCACAAUAAUUGUUAUGUCUGAAAAUCACAUUACCAUAGCGGGACAUAGUAUCACCAUAGAUAUGCACAAGUACAACAAGUAGUAUUUUUACCUUAAUGCUGCAAAAACAAAAUCAUGACUUUUAGUAAACACCAGAUAGAAGUGGAAGCUGCUCGAGGGAUAAAACAAGUGGAAAAAACUGUAUCCAGUGUGAAAUGUACUCAUGAUAUUUAUCAUUGAACAUUAGAGAACUAUUCCACUGUUGUGUGUUUUUCCUGUUAAACGCUUAUUGAUGUAGCAUAGCGUCAAACUUUAUCGCACUAUACUCUGACGACCUCACAGCCAGACCGGAGCCCUGAAUGACACGUUUGAAGUGAUGAAAGAUUUUGCAGUGUGUUGCCAUUAAACAUUUACUUAUAUCCUGUG